AGUGUGGGCGGGUUAAGAAACAGAGGGAGGGGACGUCAGCGUUAUAUUCCCAUCGUUUUCCCUUCUUGUACGACGUCUGCCGAAAACAAGGACACUGGUCUUGAGACUUUCAUUACGUUACCCAGUCUCGCAUCCGAGAGAGGUGUACUUUUGAGCGUCUUCAUUAGAUCUGUGCAAGAAAUCCCGUUACCUGCGCUUUUGAUUUUUUUCUGUCGGAGGAGGGUCGCGGAGCAGCUGAGACGUGAGGCGCGGAUGCUGCGAGGGUAGCGUUGGGUACCAAGAAGCACCUGACACUCACCACGAUGGACAGAAUGAGUUUUCUCUCCUUCCUCCUCCUUUGCUUGACUUCAGUUGCCAAUGGCAACAAAGCCAAUAAACACAAGCCAUGGAUCGAGACGGAGUACCAGGGCAUCGUCAUGGAGAACGACAACACAGUUCUGCUCAACCCGCCGUUGUUCGCCCUGGAUAAAGACGCCCCGCUCCACUACGCAGGUGAAAUAUGUGGCUUCCGCGUUCACAAUGGGCCCUCGGGAUCCGGAUCGGUACAGUUUGAGGCUGUGGUUUUGGACCGCUCCACAGGGGAGGGCCUAGUUCGCUCAAAGGAGCCGCUGGACUGUGAAAGCCAACGGGAGCAUAGCUUCACCAUCCAAGCCUAUGACUGUGGAGAGGGUCCAGAUGGGGCCAACAGCAAGAAGUCCCACAAAGCCACCGUUCAUGUGCGUGUGAACGACGUAAAUGAGUUCUCCCCAGUGUUCGUGGAGCGUCGCUACGAGGCGUCUGUACCAGAGGGCCGUCUGUUCGACCGCAUCGUGCGUGUGGAGGCCCUCGACGCCGACUGCUCCCCGCAGUACAGCCAGAUCUGCUUCUACGACAUCAUCACCCCCAAUGUUCCUUUUGCCAUAGAUAACGAUGGUAACAUUAAGAACACAGAACCGUUGGAUUCAAAACGCCAGCGCGUCCACACCUUCUGGGUGACAGCAUUCGACUGUGGCAAGAACCGCGCGCAGGCCGACGCUCAGGUGGUGGUCACGGUCAAGCCGUCCUGCAAACCCGGCUGGAUCGGCUGGUCGAAGCGUGUGGAGUAUACCCCCGGGUCAGGCAGCAUUCCCCUGUUUCCCAGCCUUCACCUGGAGACCUGCGAAGAGACCGUGUGGAACAUCCAGGCCACCGUAGAUCUGCAGACGGGCCAUAUUGGAAAGGGCUGUGAUAGGGACAGCUAUUCAGACCGAUCAGUGCGCAGGCUGUGUGGCGCUGUGCGAGGAGAGGUAGACCUUCUCCCGCCCCCGUCUCCUGCAGCCAAUUGGACGUCGGCCCUGCCCACCCUUCCUUCUUCCGAUUCGUCCCUGGUAUUCUCCUUCAAUGGCUCCGCCCAUGUCGCCGUGGUACCCAGCUCAGUUGCCGCAGCGAUAUCUGGAGACCAUUUUACACUCCAGCUGUGGAUGCGAAGGGGUGGGGCCACUACCCAACCACCCUCCAAUCAAGCCAGGGGAACGCGUAGGGAGGAGGAGACUAUUAUUUGCAGUACCGUCAAAAAUGGUCAGUCUCAUGACGACUCCUUCUCCCACUACUAUCUCUCCGUUCACGGCUGCCGCCUCUCUCUCUUCUACUGGCCCGAUGUGUCUGCUGCGCGGCCCGUGAAAUUCCUCUGGAAACUGGAGCAGGUGUGUGACAGCGAGUGGCAUCACCUGUCCCUUAGCGUUCAGUUCCCCUCGGUGACGCUCUACGUGGACGGCGUCACCUUUGACCCGGCUCUGAUCCACGACAAUGGAGCCAUUCCCAACCCUGCCCCACGACAGCGCAUGGUCAUUGGUGCCUGCUGGGAGACAGAAGAGAAGCAGAAGGACAUCCUUAACAACACCAUCCCCGAAGGGAAAGACACAGGGAGGUAUGUGGCUGGUUACCGUGGCCUGUUGUCUGGGGUGACGGUGCGUCCCGGCAGUGUGGAACCUCACAGCGUGGUGGAGUGUCUCUACGCCUGCAGGGAGGGACUGGACUUUGGGGACCUGGAGACCUUGGGCUCGGGCAUGAAGGUGCACGUGAACCCCAGUCAAUCUGUGCUGGUUCUGGAGGGGGAUGACAUUGAGAGCUUCAAUAGGGCUGUGCAGCAGGUCACCUACAGGAACUCCCUACGCUUCGCCACCCCAGGAGUCAGACCGCUCAAACUGACUACCUCCCUCAGGUGUUUCAAUGAGGAGAGCUGCCUCACUCUCAGACAGUUGGAGGGCUACCUGGUGGUCCUUCAGCCCGAUGCCCCUCAGAUCUCCCUGUCCGGCGUGGGCCCUCACCUGGCCCGCCCGGCCCCUGAAUUCGAGGGCCCCCGCGGCGUGCCCCUUUUCCCGGAGCUGAGGAUCGUGUGCUCCCUGUCUCACGCCGUUAAUACGGCCGCGCAGGGCAUGGAGGGAGGAGCUCUGAUGUCAGACGCCGUGGCGCACACUCUGGAUGGCUGUGAGGUCCAACCCCUGGGGGAGGAGCUGAACCCAGAAAGGGAGGAGCUUCUGGUGGACAUGGAUGCCCUCAGAGAAAGGGGUCUGGAGAUCAUCAACACCACCGCGUACAUCGCAAUCACAGGUGCCGAGUCCAUCUCUGUGUACGAGGAUGUCCUUCGGUCUGUCCGUUACAGGCUGGCCAAAGGCUCGGCCCGCUUCGAGAGGCGGUUCCGUUUGUCCUGCUCUGAGAUGAAUGGGAGGUACACCAGCAACGAGCUCACACUGGAGGUGAAUUUCCUGCAUUCCUUAGACAGUCUGUAUCACCCGUCUCACCUCCUGGCCUCCCAGCAGCAGUUCCUCCACCCGUCUCAUCACUCUGGGGAACUAAGCGGACACACCCUACCCAACCCCCACCGCAAUUCAGUGGUUCCAGGGGCAGCCACGGUCAUCAUCAUGGUGUGUGUUGGCUUUCUGGUUGUCAUGGUGAUCCUGGGAGUGUUCCGAAUCCGUUCCAUCCACCGACGUGGAGAGGGAGCUCGGGGAGCGGCUAAGGAGGGGAGUGGCCAGUGGGACGACUCUGCCCUCACCAUCAUCGUCAACCCCAUGGAGUCCUACGAGUCUCGUAUGGGCAUCUCGGUCGACACCGAAGGUGAGGGCGAGGAGGACGAGGAAGUGGUGGAGUCGCCCGAUGAUGCAAGCGAUGACCAGCGAGUCAUCAUCAUCAAAAAGGAGGGGAAGGAGGGCAACCCCCGCCGCUACUAAGCCCAAUCGCCUCUCGCUCUCUCUAUGGAAGCACCCAUUAGCACAGAGACCACCAAACGGCUCGCCACUCACACACUCUUCUCAACGCGUUUAAAAUGUCGACAACAGCUGACACCUCUAGUCUAUGGAAUGUAAACUCACCAACACAACAGCGUACACCGUUUGACCGCGACGCCACAGGACGAUUAGUCAUCUAUAGCCAACACCAGUGCAAAUGUAAAUGUUACACUGCACAAUAUAUCCAGCAUACUCCAAAUGCCUGACCAAAAUGAGCAACAAAAAUGGUAUGUGGCACAUUCAUUUCACUCACGGGGAAUCUACGUUGUCCUGCAAGUUUGUAUGAGGCAGGUCGGACUGAGGGUAAAUAAUUUCAUUGUGAAGUAAGAUUGUACUGUAUGUUUUUACUGUCUCUGUAUCCGGAGACCUUUGCCAGCCACACUAAAUGAAUAUUGAAGCAAUUGAUUUCACACACAGCCUAGUGUUGGCCCUCUCACACAUCGACACAAGCCCUGGCCCCUGAUGUUUCCCCACACACCUCUUGUCUGAAUCCCUUCAUCGUUUUGCUGUACAAUCUCUCUCUCUCUAUCACUCCCUCUGUCUCUCUAUCACUCCCUCUGUCUCUCUAUCACUCCCUCUGUCUCUAUCACUCUCUCUAUUACUCCCUUUGUCU